GACAGCCAUGGAGAAGAAGCUGAUCGGCUGCCCUGUGUGUAUCGAGCACAAGAAGUACAGCCGAAACGCUCUGCUGUUCAACUUGGGCUUCGUGUGCGAUGCCAGAGCCAAGGCCUGUGCGUUGGAGCCCAUAGUGAAGAAGCUGGCUGGCUACCUCACCACCCUUGAGCUGGAAAGCGGCUUCAUCUCCAACGAGGAGAGUAAACAGAAGCUGGUUCCCAUCAUGACCAUCCUGCUGGAGGAGCUGAACGCCAAAGGAAAGUGCACCUUGCCCAUAGAUGAGUCGAACACCAUCCACCUGAAGGUGAUUGAGCAGCGCCCAGACCCCCCCAUUGUGCAGGAGUACGAUGUCCCCGUCUUCACCCAAGACAAGGACGACUUCUUCAACUCCCAGUGGGAUCUCACCACACAGCAGAUCCUGCCCUACAUCGACGGUUUUCGGCACGUCCAGAAGAUUUCCGCAGAAGCCGACGUGGAGCUGAACUUGGUGCGCAUUGCCGUGCAAAACCUGCUGUACUACGGGGUCGUCACGCUUGUCUCCAUACUUCAGUACUCCAAUGUCUACUGCACCACACCGAAGGUCCAGGACCUGGUGGAUGACAAAUGUCUCCAGGAAGAGUGUCUGUCCUACGUCACCAAACAAGGGCACAAGCGAGCCAGCCUCAGGGACGUCUUCCAGCUGUACUGCGGGCUGAGCCCUGGCACCACAGUGCGAGACCUCAUCUCCCGCUACACCCUGCAGCUCCAGAGGGUGGAUGAGAGGAGGCUUAUCCAGUUUGGUUUGAUGAAGGGCCUUAUCCGGCGCCUCCAGAAAUACCCU